GGCGCAGGUGGAGGUAGCUGAAGGGCUGUGUUCUGAGGGGCGACAGGGUAACCCUCCCGAGACCUUUCGUGACGCUAGGUCCUACCUUCGUUCCGAGGAGGCCACGUUCCUGGACCGAGCCCGAGCCGCAUAAGCCCAAGGACAGUCUUCAUCCUUGUGAUAUUUGAUUCUUCAGACCAGGAAGAAUAAGAUGUGUCCAUAAUUCUCAUCUUUCAUAUUUUUAAAAUCAAGGUCAUUAUAUGUAUAUAAUACUACUUCAACUUCUUUUGCAGGGAGCUCAUCCUGGAUAUGCUGCUGUUUUUUGCUUUGGGAUUGCUUGUACAUUUUGUGUUCUUUGCCUCCAUUUUUGACAUUUAUUUUACAUCUCCUUUGGUUCAUGGAAUGACUCCUCAGUCUACACCAUUGCCUCCUCCAGCAAAAAGAUUAGUAUUAUUUGUUGCUGAUGGCCUGAGAGCAGACACUUUUUAUGAAUUAGAUGAAGAUGGGAACUCUAGAGCACCUUUUAUUAGGAAUAUUAUAAUGCAUGAAGGCAGCUGGGGAGUAUCUCACACGCGUGUGCCAACAGAGUCUCGGCCUGGCCAUGUAGCGCUGAUAGCUGGCUUUUAUGAGGAUGUCAGUGCAGUAGCCAAAGGAUGGAAAGAAAAUCCUGUAGAAUUUGACUCUCUUUUUAAUGAAAGCAAGUACACAUGGAGCUGGGGAAGUCCAGAUAUCUUGCCUAUGUUUGCCAAAGGUGCUAGUGGUGACCAUGUUUAUACAUAUAGUUAUGAUGCUCAAAGAGAGGAUUUUGGUGCUGAUGAUGCCACAAAACUGGAUACCUGGGUUUUUGAUAAAGUUAAGGGCUUCUUUGAUGCAGCGAGGAAUAACCAGUCUUUAUUCUCAAAAGUAAAUGAAGAAAAAGUAGUUUUUUUCUUACAUUUAUUAGGAAUAGAUACAAAUGGACAUGCCCAUCGACCAUCAUCAAGGGAAUAUAAGGACAAUAUUAAAAAAGUUGAUGAUGGAGUGAAGGAAAUUGUAUCAAUAUUCAAGCAUUUUUAUGGAGAUGAUGGGAAAACAACUUUUAUCUUUACCUCUGACCAUGGAAUGACAGACUGGGGUUCCCACGGGGCUGGUCAUCCUUCAGAGACUUUAACUCCUUUAGUUAUUUGGGGAGCUGGAAUCAAAUUUCCUGAAAAAGUAUCAGCUCAGCAAUUUGAUGACAAGUUUUUAAAAGAAUGGAGAUUGGAAAGCUGGAAGAGGCGAGAUGUCAAUCAGGCUGAUAUUGCACCACUGAUGACAUCCCUUAUUGGCGUUCCCUUUCCUCUUAAUUCGGUGGGAACACUUCCUGUGGAUUAUCUUAACAACACUGGUCUUUUCAAAGCAGAGAGCAUGCUUACCAAUGCAGUACAGGUUCUUGAACAGUUCAAGGUGAAGAUGACUCAGAAAAAAGAAGUUACUUUACCAUUCUUGUUUACACCGUUUAAGUUGCUCUCUGAUUCUCAACAGCUGGACAUUUUAAGAAAAGCACGAUCUUAUAUAAAAGAAGAAAAAUUUGAUGAAGUAGUCUCCCUCUGUGAGGAAUUGAUUGAUCUAGCAUUGAAAGGAUUGUCCUAUUAUCACACUUAUGACAGACUCUUUUUGGGCAUCAGUGUUGCAGCUGGUUUUGUGGGAUGGACAUCUUACACUUCUUUGUUAAUCAUCAGAUCUCAUUCUAAUAUCCCAAGAGGCAUUAGGAAGGAAGAUAAGAAGCCACACCACCUCCUACCAUGUAGCUUUGUAGCUAUUGGUGUCUUAGUAGCAUGCUUUCUGCUGAUCCAAGCCUGUCCCUGGACUUACUAUGUGUAUUGCUUGCUGCCAGUGCCAAUAUGGUAUGCAGUUCUAAGAGAAUACCAAGUUAUUCAAGACCUGGUUGCAUCACUAUUGACUUUUCCUCUGAGCCGUUUUGUUGACUACUUGCUUACUUUUAUCUUCGGCAUUGAAGUACUGGUGCUCAGCUUCUUCUACCGUUGCAUGCUGACAGCUGGACUGAUUGUGUUUGCAGGUUGGCCGUUUCUUACUCAGCUGUGGACCCGAGCAAAGAUUACCUGCCUGAGUUGGGCUUUCUUCUCAUUACUUCUAGCAGUGUUCCCACUGAUGCCUGUUGUGGGUAGAAAGCCGGACCUUUCUCUAGUAAUGGGUGCUGGCUUGCUGGUUCUUCUGCUGUCACUGGCUGUUUUAACAAGUCUCUUAAAAAGAAAAAUUACUUUGGUAAAGGAGGAGCUGUUCAUACUUCUGUUACAGAUGCUGAGUAUAGUGCUGUCUAUGUAUGUUGUGUACAGCACCCACCACAGUCUGUUAAAGAAAGAAGGACUGCCUCUUCUGAAUCAGAUUGUGAGCUGGGCAACGCUAGCAUCUUCCUUGGUUGUGCCCCUCCUGAGUUCCACAACCCUCUCUCAGCGACUGUCCAGCACACUUCUUUCUUUGAUGUCAACCUACUUGCUUCUAAGCACAGGGUAUGAAGCCCUCUUUCCAUUAGUGUUAUCUUGUCUGAUGUUUGUCUGGAUACACAUGGAACAAGAGACUCUACGACAGCCUGCUGUUUCCUGUAAACAGAAGCUUACCAGCAUCCAGUUCACCCAUAAGACUGAUAUUGCUCAGUUACGACAGCUGACUCUGGAUGAUAUCCGUAGGGCCUUUUUUCUUGUUUUCUUUUUAAUAACUGCAUUUUUUGGAACUGGAAAUAUAGCUUCUAUUAACAGCUUUGACCUUGCCUCUGUGUAUUGCUUUAUGACUGUGUUUAGUCCUUUCAUGAUGGGAGCUCUCAUGAUGUGGAAGAUUUUAAUUCCUUUUGUUCUUGUGAUGUGUGCAUUUGAAGCAGUUCAGAUAACCACACAGCUGUCAUCAAAAGGCCUUUUUCUCAUUGUUCUGGUCAUAUCUGACAUCAUGGCUUUGCAUUUUUUCUUCUUGGUCAAGGAUUCUGGCAGCUGGCUUGAUAUUGGAACCAGCAUCAGCCACUAUGUGAUUGUCAUGUCCAUGACCAUCUUUCUGGUAUUUCUUAAUCACCUGGCACAAUUGCUCACAACAAAGAAGCUCCAACUGUGUGGCAAACCCAAGAGCCAUCUCAUGUGAUGUUGGUGAAGCCGUCAGUCAGCGUCUACAUUCCCAUUCUCCUUCUUAAAGAAAAGUCCCACCAAGGAUUCAAGAAAAUGGAUGUUGGACCAGGAAGAUGGCUCUGUGGGUAAAAGUGCUUGUUGCACAAGCUGACAAGCUGAGUUUGAUCCCGGGGACCCACAGUGGAAGGAGAAAAUAGAGUCCCAGAAGUUGUCCUUUGGCCUCCGAGCUCAUGCUGUGACACAUGUCUAUAUGCCGUGCACUUGCACGUACAUAUCAUGCACUUACAAGAUAACACCGCAGUUAAAAAGACAUGGAUGCUAAUGCACGGUAUUAUUCUUCCUAGGACAUGCUGCAUCUGGAAUUCUGGGCUUACAGGUGGUCUGACAGAUAAUGGAGCGUGUUUCUUUCCGUUAACAGACAUUUCCAAGGAGCUUCUUACCUCUUUAGGUUUUAAAGACUUGAAAUGAUGAUUAUGUCUUAGAACAGGGUAAACAUCCUUCGUUUUUAUUUUUCCUUUCGUAGCUUUUCCAGUAACGUUUGAGAGUACCUCCAUCCCUUUGGUCCUCACAGUGCAGCUUCAUGUACACCCAGAGGCGCAUGUGCCCCUGUGGGGGCGGUACUGACACUCUGAAGUCAUCCCUGUGGAGAGACUGACUGGAAACCACAGGUUACAACAGAAACCCAGCGCUGAGUUGCUUUUGUAGUAGCUCUGACUGCUUGAGCAUGUGAUGAGUAAGACAGGUGAGGCUGAAAGCUGGGAUUUGCUGAAUCCCACAGGAAAGCGGCCUGCGGGACUCUGCCAUUCUGUGCCUGCAGUAUGUUGGCUUGUGCCUCUCUGUGCUGCUUCCAGGCUUCUAAUAGCAAGCCAGCUAGAAAAGCUUUUACCUUUACCUUUUGUCCAUUCCUGGAUCAUCUUGGGAUUUGGGGGGAAAUCUGUGUCUUUACUGAUCAUUGUUUCAAUGUCAUUCCCCAAAUCAAAGGCUGUAGUUUCCUGACAGUAUCAUAAAGACUCAAAUUAAAAUUGCUCUGUUUUUGGUCUUUCUGUAGAUCAAAGGCCUACAGCCGUCUCAUUAGAUUGAGCUUUCCAUUUGUGUAGUCUAAUGAAUGAGGUAUUUUGAGAGUAAUUUUCAUUUGGGUUUCCUAUAAAGUGAACUAUAGAAUACCUAUUAAGUGCUUGGUUGAUAUUUUGCUGGUAUGUAUCCCCUUUUAAAAAAUAACUGCUUUUGAUUCAAGUUAUAAUAUUACUAGUGUGCAUUAAUGACCAAAAGGCUAUUUACAAGUUAUUAAAUUUUUCAGAUUGGAAAGUGAGCAAAUAAAUAUCUAGAAGAGUAAGCUCAGCUGAGCAAAAUGUACUUUAAUUUCUACUUAUGAUAAAGUUGUAAUGUAUGUGUGAUAAUGCCUCCUGACAUGGCAGUGUAUGCACUGUAGUGUAUUAAAAGAGAAGGACCAGUCCUAACACAGGCCUCGACACUGCUGUUGAACAUUCUAGAUGUCAGCUAAGGAGCUGGUGCAGCAACGCUGAUGCUGGGAGAAGAUGACCCAGCUGCCUUCCUAGACCCUCAGGUGACUUCUGAUCCCAUUACAUAAGUACCAUUUACCUCUGUACAGUUUGAUUUACAUUCCUCUUCUCCAGAGAAAUUAAUGCACUGUUAAGGGUUUAACUGUGUGUGUGUGUGUGUGUGUGUGUGUGUGUGUGUGUGUGUGUGUGCAUGUGUGUGUACACAUAUGCACAUGUGAGCACAGGUGCACUUAGCAUUCAUAACAGGGUGUUGGGUCCCUGGAACUGUAGUUACAGGUUGUGAGAUCCCUGAUAUGGGUGCUGAGCCCACUCUCCCACUUUAGAAUUGAUGUUUCUAAGCCAGCAUCGUCAAAGGUGCUUACUGCAUUGUAUUUUUUCAUUGUAUUCUCUAAAGCAUGUUCUUACCCCUGGUUGGUUCCAGUUCAUAGAAGGCAGUGCUUCUGCUGCUGCAGUGCUCCCCGCUGCACUCAGCCAGACCCUCACAUUCAUUGCGAUGUACUCUUCCUCUGCCACAGUGUUUUCACUUCUUGAAGUAUGUAUUUUUGCAUUGAAUAACAGAAGCAAAUGAAAUGUAGGUAAAUUGUAUUUCUUUCUAAGGCACUUUCUUUUUACAUUCUAUUCACACUAUACUAGCUUUCCAAAUGAAAAGUUAAGAAAUUUGCCAAUCAGCAUUGUUUAAAUUAGGGAAUGCUUUAAAAGUGGGCAUAACUGGGCAUGGUGGCAGAUACCUGUAAUUCCAGCACUAGGGAGGUGUAGGCAGGACAUCAUGAGUUCAAGGCCAUUGAAAGUUAAGACUCCAGGUGGACUGUUAAACCCUGUGUUGAAAAGAGUUAAAGUAGGCAUCUCAAGGUGAAAAAAAAUUAAAAUAUUGGAUGCUAACUGAAAUGGUCACAAUUUGCCAAUAAAUUCUUUAUAUUUUAUUAUUUAGUGUGUAAAGUCUUAGAACACAAAAUGCCUUCUUAAAUUUUAGAAGAAUUUGUAUUAUAAACUGGAUAUGGUGACACUGACCUGUCUAUAAUCCCUGGGUUUAGGAGGCUGAAGAGGAGAAUCACAUGUUCAAGGUUAGUGUAGGCCACAAAGCAAGUCCAGGACAGCAUGCGUUAUGUGAGACCCUGUAUUAGGAAACAAUGGUAGGAGACUGUUGUAUUGUAAAUAGAUGUAAUUGAAGAAUAGCAUAACCCAGUUAUCAGGAAUGGAACGGAACUUGAAAGUGAUUCAUCAGUUACAAUGUAGCUUCUUGUGAAAACUUCAUUCCAGAUUUCAGGCUACUCACUUCAGGCACAUCAGGCCUCCUCCCUCCUGCCACCUCUAUCUUUCCAUACUGUUAGCAGUCAAGGGUUCCUUUGUUCCUCCUUUUAUAACUAGCUUCUGAUGUUACUAGUUCAGGGUAAUGAAGGGUUAUAUAGUCAUGCUUCCAGAGACAUUUCACUCUCUUUGUGGGAACCAGGUGAGUUCCACAGACCCCUGAGAUGCCAUUUUAUCAGGAGGCUGGAGAGAAUGGCACUGAACCAGCUCAGUAAUGGAGAGUUCCCAUGCCCCACUAGUGCUCAGAGGUGCUUUAAGAGACCAAAGGUAGCCUCAUUCGUGUAUCUCCUCUCCUUGGUGGUUCCUUAAGCCAGCGGUGCCCCUGCCCCGUCCUCUCUACAGUACUUCAAAGUGUUUGUGACUAUUGUGCUAUGUGCUUUCAGUCACUGGUAAUGUCUUGGUAGCAGUUCCCAUUUCUGCACUGGUGUAGUUUAUAAAACUAGAUCUCUGGAUGUAAUUCUGUAAAGAAAUAAAAUUAUUUGAGGUGUAUAUGUCGCUAAUUUUCUGUAGUGCACUAAAAUAGGUUGUUAAUGGACUCACCAUAAGAAUUUAGUAUUUAUGUGCACAAACAGCAUUUUGAAAAUUACUUCAAAGCAUCAGUUGGUGGAUAAAUGUAUGAUAAUAAAAGUGUUCCCUGAUGAUGUUUGGGAAACAUCUAGGGUAGAAAGGUUUAAAAGUGCAUUUAUUCUGAUAGUUAGUGAAGUCCGUUCAUGCAGAAUGCCUACAACUUCCAUAUGCUUGGCUAUAGACUAUUCUCCCUCCUUAUGGGUAAAUAUAUUUUACACAUAUCUCUGUGAAUGUUUCCACACAAUUUUUACAAAAGGAUGUUAUACAUUUAAUCGAGCUUUUCCUGGUACCCAAAUUGUUAAACUGGGAAACUUGAGAACAUACUGAGGACUUUGUGUUUACAUCACUGUCUCUCCCUAUUUGUAGUUGCUUCUCUUUUGUAUCCUCAACCUGAAAAAAAAUAAAAUCAUAAUUCUCAGCUUGUUUUCUUGUGGUCAGACACUUUCAAAAGCAUUACUAGGUAAAGGUUUAAUGAUAUUUGACCAAGAAUUGUGAAAACAAGAUCAAGGCAGCCCAGAUCCCUGCAUGUAUGGGAGAGGGAAGUAUGCAGUCCUACCCCAUUCCGAGGAAUUAUUGACAUAUGAUGGCUGUUCCAGGAGGGACUGUCUGGUUUCUUCAGUGAUCUGGGCCCUAGAGGCUACUCGUAGAUAGUCCUACAGGCAUGGACACAUAGGUAGCACUAAUGGACAUGGUGAACAUUUAAGAAAAAAAAAAUCAGUUCAUGAAGUUGAGAGAGAAAAGUAGUAAGGGAAUAAAUGAUAGGUUUGAUCAAAACACAUUAUAUGCAUGUAUGAAUAUUAAAAUAGUUUAAAAGAACAAAAAUAAUACAAAUAGUUGUCAAGAUUUCUUAUAAUAGCUAAAAUUUUGAAUUAUUACUCGAGUGAACAUAUACGUUCUUUUCAUGCAAUGAUUUAAUUAGGUUGGCUUGCAUCAUAUACCAAGCAAGCAGUAAUGGUUCUACAAUAUUUUUUUUGGACACCUGGUCUGAAUAUAUACCCCAAACUGGCCUCAGAGUUGUGAUCCUUGUGCUUCAGCUUUGAGUUCUGCCAUUAUAGGUAUCUGCCACUAUGCCAUUUAAGUUGCUUUUAUUGUAAUAUGUUCAGUGGAUUUGGAUAAUAUUAUUGACAAGGAUAGUUAGCCCUUAAAGGUACUAACUACUACCUUCAAUGUGCUAACCUUCCUACGAUAGCUAAGAAUAUGUGAUCAUUGUUUUAAUAGGCCCUGUGCUUGCUGAAGAAAAGUAGUGUCUUUCAAGUUUGAAAUCAGAAAAAUCAAAUUAAUUUUCUUGAUGUGCUUUAAUUUAUUUAUUUUUCUAUCCUGGAAAUUAUUGUAAUUGGCUGUAGCUUGUAACACAGAUGUUUGUUGUGCCAUUUCAGCCAGGUGAUUGAAGUUAGGCUUAACAAUGAAAGCUGUGUUGGCAGUACCCAUACUGGGUAUGCCAUGAUGAAAACGACACCUUCCCCACGAUGUGAGGAAAAAUGGACAUGUCUCAAUUCAGGAAGAGUUAGAAAAUAUUCUACAAAAACCUGAUGAAUAGUCUUCAAAACUGUCAAGGUCAUCAAAAAUGAGAAAAAAAAAUCUAAGAAGCUGCCAGCAGCAGGAAGAAUCUAAGGAGAUGUGAUUGCUACAGUGUUCUCCUGGAUAAGAUGCUGAAGCAGAAAGGGCUAAGGAAGUCUGCAUACUGUGCAAUUAAUAGAACACCAGCCUACCUCAUUAACUGUGGAAAAUGCACUUACGGAUGUACGGUGUUAAAGUAGAACCUCGCGGAGGGGCUGUGUGGGAACUCUGUACCAUUCUUGCAAAUUUUCUAUGAGACUUUGAAAAUAAAAAUAUUACUUGAUUUUAAA